AUCUAAUCAGCUUCUUCCUCAAUAUACACCCGCUUCACCAUUUUUGCCGGUCGCCGGAGCUCCGGUGGAGAUUUCUGAAACUUUCAGGUACUUUGUAAAUGGGCUUUUUCUCCUUGAAUGCUCACACAUUUUAAACUUUUCAUACUCUGUUUGGUUGCUCAGAAAAUGAGGGAAAGAAAUGGAAAAAUCUUGAAAAAGAAACUGAGUUCAUGUAGUGUAGUACCUCUAACUCUUUCACAUGCAAGAAAACUACUAGGAAAUGUAUUAUUUUAGCUCAAACACUCAAAAAUUUAUACUUGCUUAUAACAUUGUAUCACUUUUUCUUUUUCUUUUUCUUUUUCUUUAGCAUCUGCAUUAUUUGGUAUUAUUAACAGCUAAUAUUAGUACUAUUUGAUCUUUUUUAGAGUUAUGAGAACUUAGCAUAUAUAAUGAAACUGGAAAAAUCAUGAUGAUAAUGUGAUGAUCAAUUUAACAAUGAAUGUGAGAGAGAGAUGUAAAAACCUCAGCUUGGGGUUAUGUUUUGUUAUAGAAACAAUUCUUUUAUUGGCUUGUUAUUAAUUUUCAGAAUGAAAUAGGAAUAAUGUGAGUCCAUUUGAAGUUGGUUUGUUGAUAUUUCAAUUACACUCACAGGCUAUUAAGUAUAAAGCAGUUGCGAUGUGGAGUUAAGAAUUUUUUUUUCUUUUUUGAUUGGUAAGUGUUGAAUUUGGUAAUAUAUUCUUAUAUGUUCAAAUGGAUAUCAUCUGAGGCUGUGUUUAACAGUUUCAUUUAGUGGUUUCUUGUGUUUGAGGUUGGUGUUAAAGGAAUCAUUUUGGUGUGCUAAUAUUUUGAUUAAACUGUUCAUCUUUUUUUUUCUUUCCCAGAUGUUAAUUCAAACAGACAAUAGCUGGGAUUCUAAAAAACUGGUAUAUUUAACUUUGAUGACAACAGCUAUCAUUCUACACUAAUCUAACAACUUGAAGUUUAUAAUGUACUUGAGGAGACGAGCUAAAUGAAGUGUAUGAAGAUGUGAUGUAUCUUCCUGAUAGAAAAGGAAUGUUAUAACCAAUUUCCCAGCUUUAUGUGAAAAUUAAUUAGCUAGACUACUCUUUGUCAGGUCAGAUAUUCUAUUGUUUUAACCUACUAGCUGAAAAGCUUUAGUCUUACUGGUAAAGAAUUGAGGGGCGGAAAAAAGAGAUCUUAUAGUAAGAAUGUAAGCAAAGAAAGUGGAGAAGGUAAGGGGGUUUAGCAAGGGAAGUGAAAUGAUAAGAAACGUGUAGUCUAUGAGGUAAGAACAUGUGCACACCUAUUAUCUAGUCUGAUCUGAAUUAUAAGUGAUGUGCAAACUAUCUUCACUUAUUCAUCAAACUUGUUACGGAGAAAGGGAGUGGGUCAAAUGAAUCAUGUGCAUCAACUGAAAAGUCAUAGAUACUGCUAUGAUGGGGAAUCAUUCCAUGCACUCUACAAAUUCAGAAGUAGAGAUAUUUAUGUAAAGGAUGUCUGCUGCACAAGAUGGAAUCUUAGGGCGACCCAAGGCAGAAUGGACUCCAACUCGUGAUGCUUAUCUGGUUGAGCUUUUCAUUGAGCAGCAUAACUGUGGAAGAACUGCUUACAAUGAGUUUAAGAACGAAGUGAUUAAAUCUGUUACCCGUGAUUUUAACAAAAACUUUGGCAUGAAUUUAGAAGAAAACCAGAUUAAAAAUCGUUACAAUGUGAUGAAAAAAGAUUAUGGUGUUGUUAAAACCCUGCUUAGUCAUUCUGGAUUUCGCUGGGAUGAAACACGGCAAAUGGUCGUGGCUGAUGAUAAAGUUUGGGAUAGCUACAUUGCGGUGCGAACUGAAGCAAGACCUUUCAGGCGAAAGAGCUUUCCCCUGUACAAGCAGAUGUCCGUGAUAUUUGAAGGUAAUCUUGCUUCAAAAUUUCCUGUCCUUUCUGAGUUAUAUUGUUCAAAUCUUCUAGCAUUUAGUAACAUGCCUGGUCCAGGAGAAAGAGUUACUUUGAAAUUUCUUGUUCCGAGUGGAGUGCCUGUCGAAACUGAAGAAGGAAACAGCAAUACAGAAACAGUGCGAUCUUCGGAUCCCAUGAAUCUGCCUACACAAGUGGUUGAAGGCACUCUUGAUUCUGAUUCAAUAAUCCGAAUAAAUGACAUGCAACCUAGAAAGCGCAAAUCUGUCGCUGCAUCAGCAUCAGGCCGCAAAAGAAGAUCAGGGGAAAAUAUUGGAGAGACAUUAGAAAAUGCUUUAUAUGAGAUGUUCACGGCAGCAACACUAAGAGCUGUACAAAGAAAUGUGUUGAAUGAGAAAAGUAUAUAUCAGAAGUGCCUAGAGGAGUUGCAGAAAUUGGAAGAACUAGACGAAACCGAGUUCACCAAGGCUGUUAAUGUUCUCAAAGAUGAUAAGAAUGCAAUCGCGUUCAUGACAAUCAGAGGGCCUCGACGUUUGAUGUGGCUGAGGUCUCUAUGGCAAGCCUAGUAGCAACCUUAUGAAAUCAACUCAUCUGCUAAUCUUAGGAACACGGCUUAGAUAGAUAUAAAAUACUAGAGUGUUGGAGUUUGUAUUGUUUUACUAUUGUCAUUUUGCAAUGUAUCGGACCUCAUUAUGCAGAAAAGUUUGUAACUUUGUGCCUUGAAUAUGGAGAGUUGGUUAUUUAUAUAAAAUUCAAUCGACAGAUUAUUUACUGUCAUCUGUAAAAUUAUUUGAACA